AUGGACAUGCACAAUAUCGACGUCGACGCGUUCGUCGACGUGUCCACCGCACAUAUCUCACUGAUGCCUGCCUUACCACGAUGGGCCGUCCACUGCCAACCUGUAAGCUCGCUGUUGCUUGGCCAUCAAGAGCUCACGCGCCCAGUCCACACCGUCGUCCUCGAGGCCACGCCGUUCCUCCUCAUCUGGACGCCGAGCGACGGCCUCCGCGGCCUGCGCGAGCUCGGCGAGCCCUGGGUCUUGUCGCGGGACAGGAAGACGCACGUCCUGAUUCUGACAGGGCACGGGGUGCCGUCUCACGACCUCCCGGCCCUCGUCUCGUCCAUCUCCGCGUCAAGUCUAAGCAUAACCAUCACAUCGUCGUCCGCGUCCCACCCCGCGCCGGAACCCGAGCUCUUCAACACGCUCUACCUGUCGCGGCUGCGCAGCCUGUCCCUGUCCUCGUCGGGCCCAGCCAGCGCCGACACAUUCACCUUCCUCGCCGCGUUCCUCCGUCUCUCCUCCUCGCGCGGGCUGGAGCGGCUGGCGCUCGACCCGGGCCCGUUGACGGCAGGCGAGGUCCAGGUGCUCGCGGACACGGUCGAGCGGCACAAUGCCAGCCUGUCCGAGCUGUGCGUUGCUGGCUGCCGGCCGCAACGGGCCCGGUGUUACUGCCGCAGCGGGUGGGGUCUCGGCGCCAUGCUCGACGAGAGCAAGCGCCUCGGGGCCGCACUGCGGCGGAACGAGCGCCUGCGUGUCCGCGCCGGCCGGGCAGCGAUCCGCGCCCUCGUGCUCGCCUGCGUGCUCUUCCACGCCAGAGACGACCGCCGCGGCGUAGUGAAAGCCAUGGCGUCGAUGUGGGGCACGCGUGUUCGCCCAGCCAAGCCCGCCGGGCCGCCGUUCCCUGUCCUCCGGCUGCCCCGCGACGUCGUGGUGCGCAUCGUGCGCUUCGCCACCGGCGACCCAGGCGCCCUCGCGCCCGACCAGUGGGAGCGCGUGUUCGCGCUCGCUGCCGAUCGGCAGGGGCUGCGCCGCGUCGGCACGGCGUUUGGCGGCGCGCGCACGAGCGAGGUCAUUGCCGAGUGGCUUGCUGAGGGGGGAUUCUUCUGGGACCGCGCUAUUCCACCCUCGGCGCGGAGCGACCUGCGCCGGGUGUCGUAG